AUGCAACAAUCUCCCACGGCUCCGAUCGCUGAAACGAACGGGAAUGGCCAGGAUACGGCGCGACAGGCGGCUCGCAGAGGUUUGAAUUUUUUCUCGAGUUUAGCGAACGAACAAGUGUGGGUUGCAGCUCGCGGGACUCGUGCCCAGAAGAUGUCGAGUCGUCAAGAACAGGCCUACCUCUCUUUCCAUGUGCACAUCGACGACGUGCUUGCGGACAAGGCUUUGAACUUUGACAAACUUCGACCGGAAUCCAAAAGCGCUUCUUGUUCGAUGCACGCCGAAUCGAGCAGUUUCAAAAUCUUGGAGAUCGUUGAGCGAGACGCCGACUCAAACGGGACUGACUCUCCAUCUAACGACUUGUUCAUACAGAACAAAAAUUGGUGAGUUUUUUUUCACUACCGUUCAAUGAUAAACUUUUUUUCCUGCAGAUACAUCGAAAUGUGGAGACGACGUCCGGGUGGUUGGCCUCUUCGGAGAUGAAAAACAACAAUAGAUAUCAAGAUGAUUCCCACAAUUACGAGAACAAAUCCAGUGUAAAUAGUAGAAAUGAAAGUGGUAAGUUUGAUAUAUUCGCAAUGCUUUAUUUAAUUUAACAGCGACAGUUCAUUGAAAUUAAUUUUUUUCAGAUUCUCACGACGACGGUUUCGAAGUUUUUGACGAAUUCGCCGAAUGCGGAGAUGAUUUUAUCACAAGCGACCGAGUCGACUUCGAGCCAAACGGUUUGGAAAGAAUCCAAUCAAAUAAUGCAUACGUUUUCAGGCGACAUUUUUGACGACUCGUUGUUGUCGACAUUCAAGGUGAUUCGCCAGCCGAUUGAAGACCAAAUUCUUGUACGGCCAUUCAAUAUCGAAGACUUCGAGCCGUGCAUCUCGUAAGUUGGCUUUUUUUCUGUUCAUUGAAUACUUUGUAAACGACUGAAAAGCAUACUUUGUGGGCUAUCAGGAUAUAUAUUUAUACAUUUAUUUAUUCACUCUAACAAACAAGAAAAACUACAGAACAGGAAGCAGGAUAAUUGAGAAUUUUCAGAUUGUUAAUUUCGAGCCUGAACACAUUCCGUUCGAUGCCUCGGGUCGACGCGAAGAAAUUGCUCGGCAACAUCACUGUCGAUCAGGUCAUUGACGCGGCUCCCUACACCGUCGUAGCCACUGUUCAAGGGGUGAGACUUUCCCUGCAAACGUUCGAGUUUAUCAGUAAUUCUCAGGUCGUCGGUCAUUGUCGGCUUGGCGGGGGGCUCGAAUGGUUCACGAUGACUCGAUUGGCUCCCUGA